CUUCUUUGAGGGACAUGAUGUGGAUGGUGAUAUUGGUAGUGGCUUCCAGCCACACCCUUGGGAGCCAGUCACACCCGGGGACACCGAUUCAGACAGUUGUUCAUGAUUCUUCCUAUUUCUUGGAUUAUAUCAGGCGUUACCUGCUAAGGAGCUCACUACAGUUAGUUGUGUCAGAAUCUCUGCUUGAAGGUAAACGCAAGAUUGCAAGAAAUGUUUCCUCUAAGACUUUACAUCUGUCGAGAAUGGAAGCUUUGGACGAACCAAAUGUUGAAUUCCAUAACUAUUCUACCGCGGUGAGGGAGACGAGACGGUCUCAAGACUGUGGUAGUGGGUCAAGAUGUGUGUUAGGUAGUUGCUGGAGCCAAGAAACCAAGUCUACGAAUAUUCUUCUGUCCCUAAUGUCAACUACACUAAAGGACCAAAAUCCUGUUUUUCUUCACGACGCAGAGCUUGAGAGCAUCGGUGUCCUGGAGCGUUACCUUGAGGAGAGCCCUGGCCCUCCAGCGGUGAUCCUCGACAUCUCAGACGCUGCACUCCUCAAGGCGCCUUGGCUGGGCAAGUACAACGAUGCACGCUUCGUUCAUAUCAUCCUACUGAGCUCAGAGCGGGUCAUCAAUCACUUCGUCGAAGAAGCUCCAGAGAGACUUUGGACCCCAAACACCCUCCUUUUGGUAGACGUAAACGCCUCGGUCAAUGCAACGCGACUACUUGCCCAAGCCAGCUUCAGCUACAGCCCCUUCCUCUCUCUCCUGCAACCUUGCAACAAGAACGACGCCGCCUGCUACUACAUCCUCACCUACGAGACUUUCCAUCCGCAUAACAAGAUAACUUUCCAUGGCAUCUACAACGCCAUUAAGCCACAGACAUUCAGGAGUGUCUUCCCUGACCGCUUUAAGAGCUUCUACGGUCACAACCUGCAGUUGGCCAGCUGGGCUGACGACUUCCCUUACCUGGUCCCCGGGGCAACGCUACACAAGACUUACGGGAUUGGCGUCAACAUGCUCAACGAGAUUUCACGGAAGUUGAAUUUUAGUUACGAGUUCGAUAAUGAGGCGAAGGCGUCGUGGGGCGAGUUAGUCAACGGCUCGUGGAUUGGCAUGGUUGGUCAGGUCUGGAGGAGGGAGAAGGACCUGUGUGUGAACGUCAUGUCCAUCGUGGAGGACCGCUACCAGGCCGUAGACUUCAGCGUUCCCUACUUCACCGACUCUUACAGCUUUGUCCUCCACAACCCCCUACCACAGCCCCGCUGGUGGGCCAUCGUCUUGCCCUUCACGUGGCAGACAUGGCUGGCAGUGUUGGUCUCUAUGGUGACAGUGUCAGUCGUCCGCAGACUCGUCCUCCACAGACUCGUCCUCCACAGACUCAUCCUCCAGGAGGAGCGGAGGAGUACGAGCGCCCUGCUGGUGAUAAGGGCCCUCAUUAACCAGAACGCUUCGUGGCCCCCUGCACCCCUCGCCUUCAGGUUAUAUGAAGGGACGUGGAUACUACUGGCCAUAAUCGUCUCUAUUUCCUACACCAGCAACCUGGUCGCCUACAUCACCGUGCCUAGCAAGCCCCACUACCUCGCCACUCUGAAGGAACUGGCACAGUCUGCCCUCACGUAUGUGUCACUACCUCGCCACUCUGAAGGAACUGGCACAGUCUGCCCUCACGUAUGUGUCACUACCUCCUCUAUGUUUAAAAAUUGUGUGUAUGCCCAUGUAUGCGAGAAAAGCCCCGGCAUUGUGUAUGUCUCUUUAUGUGGUAUGUUGCUAUCAGAGCAGCAAAUAUCUCAAUACAUCAUAAUGCCUGUCAGAUCUAACUUCUUCAGGCCGACGAUGGUGGACUACGGUAACUUUGUGCCACUAGCCCUCCGGACCUCCAAGCACACGACGCUCCACACUCUCGGCCAGAAGAUGAAGCUCAUCCCCAACUACGGUUACGAUGUCGGCUUCGCACAGGUGAGAAGCUUCGCACUGGUGAAGCUGUGUCGAAGUCGACACUUGCGGCGAAGUCGACUCCACCUAAGUGUCCUUGAAACUAAAAUAUGAACGUUUUGUUUCCAUUCUGUUUAAUUGUAUAACUUUUUCUCUUUCCAGGUCAAAGAAGGAACGCACGCCUUGUUAGAGGGCACAGAGUUCUUGCAGUACUUGGUGAUUCUCUAUCGUGUGUUUUCUAUGACCUACUUGCUGCCGGAAACCAUCUAUCCAAUUCACGUGGGGUGGAUCUUCCCGAAGAAGACCUCCUGGAAACACAAGUUUGAUCGCUACAUCCAAGCUUUAGUGGAGUCUGGUCUCUGUCGGUACUGGAAGAAGGUGCUGGUGGAGGACUUCAUGCAGGGGCAGCAUGAGUCUACCAACAGUGAUUACCAGGAGGCAACCCGACCUCUUAGCCUCCGGGACCUGCAGGGCGCCUUCAUCAUCUAUGGUCUGUGCUUGGCUGUCGUGAUCUUCGUCGGCGCGAGGGAGCUGCUCCCUGCGCCACAAUCGACUUGAGAAUGGUCCAGGACGGACCGAAACGUCGUCGUCCCUUUACCUUCUAGUGUGUGGUCUGGUCAACAUACUUUAGCCACGUUAUUGUGACUCAUCGCCUGCGCCUAAGACCUCAAGAUGUCACCAUUAGCGAUGAUGAUGAUUGAUGACGAUGUUUGAUAAUGAAUCUAAUGCCAAUGAUUUGGUCGUUACCAAUCUUUCUCAUCCCAAAGCUGUUCCACCACUAUGCCUAUCGUCCCACCCCAAGACUGGCCUUCACCACCACUGCUGUCACCACCACCACCACUGCUGUCACCACCACCACCACUGCUGUCACCACCACCACCACUGCUGUCACCACCACCACCACUGCUGUCACCACCACCACCACUGCUGUCACCACCACCACCACCACCACGAUUGCUACUAGCACCAUCACUACUACGUCUACUAUUACUGCAAAUGCAACCCACGAUCACCACUAUUACCAACAUCACCAGGAGUACCAACAGCAGCACAAACCAAACAUCAACAGCACUACCACCACCAUCAUCAACAGAAGCACUAACACCUUGUCCCAAUUUAUGUAUAAAUCCUGGAAAAAAUCCCAAUUUUACGUGUGAAUUUAAGACUGUUUUUCUUCUGCGUGGUGAAGAAUGUAAUUAUUGACUUUAAUAAAUAAACCAAACUAGUUAACACUGAAAAUAAAAUGUAAAUGAUGACGUUCCGGUCCGCUGUGACCCAUUAU